AAGAGGAUGGUUGGCUCUUCCCCAGACCUGGGGUCUCUUUGUCUGGAGUCUCGUGGAAUGCCACUUACUCCAAGACCUCAAUCAACACCAGGGAGGAGCUCAUCACGUAACUUCAGUCGAGGUUCACUGCAAUCGUCUUCAGGGACAUUAUUCUCUGAGUCAGAUCUAAGAUAUUCUAUUACGAAAAUUGAACAUAUUCUGGCUGAGAGAGCAAAAGAGAAAGAGUCAGACUUGAGGCGAGCUUUCUAUGCUUAUGAUGUACAUCGAAACCUAACGGUGACCAAAGACGAAUUCCGAAAAGUGAUUGAAAAGUUUCUGCUGCCUCUUAAUCCAAAACAGUUCCAGGACCUACUUGCAAGGCUUCCCAUCAACAGUGAUGAAACAGUUCCUUACAAUGUAUUUCUGGACCAAUUCUGUACAUCUGAUGGAUCUCAAGUGAGAAAUGCAGUUAGCAGGAGCAGUUCUGUUAUGUCCAAGUGCGAUAUGACAGUAAAAGAGAUUGAGAACCAUCUCAGAGAAAAGAUUUCAAAUAAUUUAAAAAACCUCAUCAGAGCCUUUAAGUUGUUUGAUUAUAACAAGGAUGAGCACAUUCGGUGCUAUGAAGUUCGUCGAGUUCUUGAGAGCUACUGCUUUCGAAUGACAGAUUCUCAAUUUGAAAGGCUUUGUUCUCGACAUCAACUUUCUAGAACUGGAACAGUGAAUUACAAGGAAUUUCUACAAAAACUGGGCAUUUGUAUUGAACCUUACAAAAAGCAUGUUUCAGAAAGUGUGGCACAAGCAAUGAACUGGGAAGCUUCUCCUCAAGAGCAAGAGAAACAACCAGGUUAUCAUCGAACAGUGACAGAAGAGUCUGCCAUAAACUUAGAAAGGUUAUCCAUGGAAGAAAUUGUUUUGGCUUUACGAAAAAAGGUGCGAACCAACUAUCAGGGCUUGUUGCAGGUGUUUGCGGCUUUUGAUGAGACCAAAAGUGGUUUAAUUUCAGUGGAAGACCUCAAAGCAAUUUUCAACAAUUUUGUGUUUCCUCUGAGCAACGAAAUCUUUGAUCGCCUGAUGGAUAGAAUCAAUAUUAAACCUACUGGCAAAAUUGCAUGGAAACCAUUUUUACUCAGUUUGACAGAAUCAACAGCAAUGGAGAAUAGAUGGGCCAUCCCAAUGCAGCAAAGUGACAAGUAGGUCUAUCCCUUAGGAUUAUCUUUGCAGGAUGAAACCAUACCUGGUACUACAGAUGCUCCAAAGUCAGCCCCUUGUAGAUCAGAAAAUCAUGAAAUGAAGUUUCAUGUGGAUCCUGUUGGAAAGAUAAUUGAGAAGAGCAAGAGUAGAGACAUUCUACAGAAACUACACAAAUCCUUACAGGAGAGAUACCCUGCACUAAAGAAGAAUCACAAAGGUAUAAUCACUAGACGAGAGUUGCGUCGAAUUCUGCAGAGUGUUCCGUUACGACUAACUGAUAAACAGGUUAAGGAUCUUAUGCUGUUGCUGGACCCAGAGCACAGUGGGAUUGUUCACUAUAAUCAGAUCCUGGAUUUAACUGAAACUGAUGAAGAAAAGAUGAAUCAAAGUUAUUUGAAUGGAGCUACAACAGUUAAAAAAGGUAUUCCUGAGGAAGCAGUGUGGAUGACUGUGGAAGAUCUUCUCCGUAACAAAAUUAAUCAAAAUUGGAAAGACAUGCAAAAGGCUUUAAUGAAGAGCGAUCCUGAAAGGACUGGCACAAUAUCGCUUGCUGAAUUGCGAAAGAUCCUAGAAACCUACUGUUUCUCCAUUUCUGAUCAACAUUUUGAGAAAUUAUGCCAGCAACAACAGAACAACAACAUACAUGUUUCAUACCAACAAUUUCUGGAAAGUCUUGGGGUGACUGACAUUCCUAAAAUCAUUGGUGCUGAUGUACUUCAACAACAAGACAGAAAAAGGUUAGCAAAGCAAGGAAAUGAAAACCUCGUACUAGGCAACAUGAUGACUGUGAAUGAGGUGAAAUCAGAGUUGUGGCAACGUAUUAUGAACUGUGACAGUGUCAUUAGGAAAAGUUUCCUGACCCACAAGAAGCAAUCCAAUGGAAAAAUCAACAAGGAAGGAUUCAAGAAGGUGUUGAGUGAUUGUGAAAUAAUCAUGGAUGAUCACCAGUUUGACGUUCUGGCUGAUGUAUUGGGGUUCAAGAAUCAAGACUUCAAUUUCUCUGACUUUUCAGAACGUUUUAAAGAUGACAGAAUGGUAAAGCAGUGCCACGGUGGUGCAGGUGAUUCCAAUAUGAAACGCAUGAUUGCAGAUGACUGUUUUAAUUACAUCGCAGAUAAACUGAAAAGUACAAUUUUGGAUUUGCAUUCUGUAUUUGAUCGAUUGGACCGUAAUCAUGAUGGACUAGUUACAAUGUACGACUUUCGUACUCUGUUUGACAACUGCUUGCUUUCAACCACAGAGUAUCAUCGCUUUUUAGGGAUGGUGGGACUGAUACCUGAGUCAAAAUUAUCCUAUUUCGAUUUCCUACAAGUAUUAAAUAUGAUCGAGUCCAAACAGAGCCACCACUGGAAUACAUCUGUUCACAAUUGCAGCUCAAUAUAUGACAAAGAUUGUACGUUGCUGGCCUGUGAGCAGGUCCAUGACUUCUUAGCUGCUAAAGCCAAAACAGGAUGGUUUGAACUGUCUAAGGCUUUUAAACGCAUUGACUCAGAUGGUAACCUUAUUGUAGAAAAGAAAGAUAUGAGGGACCUUUUAUACCAGCUCUGUUUGCCAAUCUCAGCAGAACAAUUCGAAAAACUUUGGUCUUGGUAUGAUUCAGAUAAGAGAGGUUUUAUCACUCACCUCGAGCUUCUGAAGAAGCUUAGGAAUAGGUUUGCAAGACAGGUCCAGAUAGACAGCAAACAAAUUGUUCCAGAGAGCCGAGGCAGCUUAAUAGAUCAUUCCAAAAAGCAACAACAAUUCCAAACAGAUGGAACCAAACAACAGAAACCUCAGACAGGAAAUCUUAAUAUCGCUGAGCUGAAAAAACAGCUUAAAGCUAAAUUCAGGAACCAUCACAAAGGCUUUCAUGAAGCCUUUGACAAAUUAGAUAAAAGGAAUGAUGGCUGUGUGUCAAUAAAUGAUUUUCAAAGGGUGCUGAAGGACCAUAACUACCACCUGGGUGAAGAACAGCUUAAACAGCUCUUGGUCAGUUUGGAAAUCCCGAUGCACAAUUGCAAAUUUUCUUAUUCUGAUUUCUUGAGAGCCAUUGAGGAUAUUGAAAACAAGUCAUUGAAGCGUGGCCCAAAACUUACAUUUAUUCCACGUGAAGAUUUUCAAAUACAAUCUCCAGAGAAAAUGCUCACUAAGUUGAAAGGAGAAGUUGCCAAAUCUUCAAACGCAUUGUUUAAGGCCUUCAAAUCAUUUGAUAAAUAUGGAAAUGGGAAGAUCAAUUCAUUAGCAUUCCGCCAGGUGCUUCAUAAUGUAUGCUUCAGACUGACAGACAAGGAGUUCAAUUACCUCCUCAGCAAAUUGAAAUUAGAUUCAGACUACAUGGUAGACUGGCUUGACUUCCUACAGAGCUACAAUAUUUACAAUUAUAAGGCUGCAGAGAAACCAGAAGGACAAGAUCAAGCCAGCAGACCUAAAUCAUCUCAACAGUUAACAAUGAAUGAAAUUAUGUCCCACAUCCAAGAGGUCGUUAAUUCAUGCCUCUACAUCAUUACACAAGAGUUUGAAGAAGUUGAUUAUGCGAAUGUAAAAGUUGUUUCUAAGAAGCACUUUAAGGAAAUAUUUUUUAAACAUUUCAUGAGCCUCACAGAUGAACAGUUUGAAAACCUAUGGAACCAUUUGCCAGUCAAUGAUUUUGGGAAUCUGGAUUAUCAUAAAUUUCUGAAUCAGUUCACUGGACAGCAGUCAGUGGAAUCGCAACCAAAGGGAGAUACAUCACCGACUAAACCAUCAACACCUGGAUCUGGGAGUAGGCCUCCUUCUGACGCUAGACGCCCCAAAACUUCAUCUUCCAUCCACAGUGGUAGCAAGGAGUUGGCUCAACAAUGGGCCUCUGUGACACCUUCAAUGAACUGUGAGGAAAUUGAGCAGAAGCUGAAGAAAGAUGUUACCAAAAUCUGGAAGGCAAUAGAGAAGGAAUGCAAAGAGAAGGACACUGAGAAACGGGGUGAAAUUGAUACUAAAGAUUUUAAGGCUAUAAUGAAGAAGUUUUGCUUAAUAGUUAAACCAGAAGAAUUCCAACAGCUGGCAAAAAAAUAUGAUAUCAAGAACACUGGGCGUUUUGCAUACAAUGAAUUUCUUCAGCGUCUCGUUCUCUCACUGGGGCCAUUAGACGUUAAUCCACCGGAGAGGAUGAGAAUCCCACAUCCAAAGAUUCCAAUGAGUCCAGGAACAGAACAUGAGAUAUUUACUGAUUUAAUGAUGCGGAUCCAGCCAUGUUUAACAAAAUGUUGGAAGCUAAUGCGCCGUACUUUCAAAGUCUAUGAUGAUACUGGGAGUGGGUACAUCCCGCUUUUUCAAUUUCGACAGGUCCUGCGGCAGUAUGGUAUCAACAUAACUGAAGAGGAGUUUUACUACUUGUCGUCUUAUUAUGACAAGCAUCUAAAAGGAACAAUCUCAUACAAUGAAUUUCUGCGUGCAUUCCUCUGAUAAAUGUCUACUUCUGUUUUUUUCCUCUAUGCAUUAAAAAUAUUUGCAGUGAUAUUGUAACAGCUCUCGGAGAUAAAGCAGUUUCCUAGAUGGUCAGCAUUAUCACUGAUUUUGUCCAUCCAGUAGCAUACCGGUCUUCACUUUCAAUAUUUAAGAACCUAUAUUUUUAAGAACAAUUUUAAAAAAAAUGAACCCUGUGUUAUUGCCCAAGGAAUAGUAGAAAUGUCAUGUAUGACUA